AUGUCCAUGCAGAAAUGCUUUACACUGGAUCCUUCGGAAAAUAAAAAUUUAGAAGAACUGCUGAAUGAACUAUCUCAAUCUAAAAAGCUCAUCCAAAAAAUCAAAAAAAACGGAAUUCUUCAAAAAUAUGGUAUUGAAUCUGUUUGUGAAGACGACAGAUAUAGCAAAUAUAAAACAAGAAAUGAUCCGAUUAAAAUAAUUUGUAAUAAUAAUCUAAAUAAAAAAAAUCAUGAAGGUAAAAAUGAAGAAAAGACGGACCCUAAUAGAGAACAUCCUGAUUUUAUAAGUAAAAAUAACGCAUUCAAACCUAAAAAUGAUAGUAUGGGUUCUUCGAAGAAAUAUAUUAAUAAAGAUAUUUUAUCCUCUUCUAAAAAUAAUGUAGGCCUUUUGAAUUCCAACGAAAAUUGUCUCUUUCAAAGAAUUCUUAAAACAGUUGAAAAAGAAAAUAUAAAAAAUAAGAAUGAAAAAUUAAAAAAACGACAUAAUAAAUUACAAAAAAUACCUAACAAAUUAGAAACUAUAAAUGGCAAAGUGAAUAUCGAAAAUACUAAAAAUCAUAAUGAAAACCAGUUAGCAGAAUCAUUUAUGAAAUCUAAAAUAAUUACACUCAAUAAAAAUCAAACAAAUGGAAAAGUUUAUUUCAAUAAUAACAAAAUACGAUAUCCUUCUGUAAAUCAUGUUAGAAAUUGUUCAGUGAAUAAGAAAAACAGAUAUAUUCAUAAUAGUAUUGCAAAAAACGUGAAAAAUAAUAAAUGUUCGAAUCCAAGUAAAGGUAUUAACAAAAAUAUAUCAUUCCAAAAUAUCAAAGAAGAUAAUAUUAUUUGUAAUAAAAGAGGAAAAAAUAUAUCCAAGAAUGAUUUUCGAAAUAAUAAUGACAAUGAUGAAAAUAGUAAAAUAUAUAUAUAUAUAAACGAAAAUAGACACAAUAAAGAAAAAGAAAAAAUGCGAAAUAACAGUAAUAGGAAAAGGAAAUAUAAAAUUAAAGAAAAAUUAAAUGAUAUUGUUUUUGAUAAUAAGACCAAACAAAGUAAAAAUUAUGUUAACCGUAAAAUAAAGUUACGUAAUAAGGAAUUAGAAUUGGAAAAAAACAACCAUAAAUAUUUUUAUACAUUUUGCAAAAAUUUUCAAUUGCUGGCAUUAAAAAGACGAAAAAAAAAAAUCUUCAAAAUAUUGUCAAAAUCAAAAUAUGGAAGAAUUAAUGUCUUAUCGAAGUUUUCGCAAUUAUCAAAUGAAUCAGCAAAUGAAAAAGUAAAAAAUGAAACGAAUUGCAAAGAGAAAAUAAUAACUACUUAUCCCAAUGAUAGAAACGAUGAUACAGAAUAUUCCACGAACAUAAAAAUUUACACUGGUAAAACAAAUUGUGCAAAUAUCACAUUAAAAAAUAAAGAAAAAUAUAUUAUCAAUGGAAUAGAGAGCUGCCAGAAUGAUAUAUAUAAAAGUAAUAAAAGUGAUCAAGAAGAUAUCCAAAAAGAGAUGGAAACGCCGAAUCAAAUGAAAAAGGUUAAAGAAAACCAUAAAGACAAUAUUAUAUGUGAGAAUUCCCAAAAAAAUAAUGCUAGAGAAAAGGGUAUAAUAUAUACAAUCUUUAAUAAAUUUUUCUGUAAUGACAAAAUAAAAGAAAAAGAUAUUAUUAACAUAUUAUCAUUUUAUGAUAAACGUAAAAAUAAAUUAAAACCUUUAUUAGUAGAAGAAGACAAUUAUUUAAAAUACUUGAAAGAUAAUAUUUUAGUAGAUACUAACAUAUGCAAUGAUAUCUGUGAAAAAUAUGCUAAUGAAUGGAAAUGCGAAAGAUUUGGCAUAAAAGAUGAAUUUAAAAAAGAUAAAUCAGAGAUUAAUGACUGUUUGUACCGAUUAAAUAAUUACAUACUUGAAAAAAAUAAACUAAAUAACGAAUGUGAAAAAUUAAUAAAUUCAUUUCUAAACAAUGAUAAUAUUAAUGAUAAUAUAAAAAAAGAAUUUAUAUUUAAUUGCAUAUAUAACGAUCAGAUUAAUUUUAUGGACAUAUAUAACCAAACAGAAAGCAGAAUUGAGAAAAUAAAAAAAUAUUUAAAUGAAAUUGAAAAAGGAAAUAUAGAAAAACGAGAAAAAACAAAAUUAAAAAAUCAAGAAAAUAUUAUGCUUGAAAGCGCACUAAAUUGUGAUACCAAAAAAGAAAAAAUUUUAUGUUUUGAACAAUGGAAUAAAAAAUCUCCAUUUAACUAUAUCAAAACAAUUACCCCAAAAUCUAUUAAUAUAAACCCUAUAAACAAUAAAAAUAUAUACUCAUAUAUAAGAAGAAAAAAAUUAAAUAUUAAAAGGUCUAAUUUUUUUAAGAAUUGUCAUUUAUCAAAAUCAUUAUUUAAACUUGAAAAAAAACGUGCUUACAUAAUAAAACUAUAUAUACUGUUUUCACAAAAUAUAACAAAAAAUAUAAAUGAGAAAUGGAACAUUAAUUUGAAUAUAUUUUUAAAUGAUAUAAAAAUAGACAGUCGCUAUUAUUGUUCUUUUCCUUCAAAUAAUAAUAAUAAACUAGACUUAAAGAGAUAUUGCCGAUAUAUUUCGAAUAAUAAUAGUAUACUUUUUAUAAAAAAAAAUAAAUAUUAUUAUUGCUACAUUUUGGAUAAUAUAAAUAGUAGUUAUCGGAAAUAUCCUUAUAUAAAUUCCAAUAAAAUAACUAAUAAAUUAAUUUGUGAAUAUUCUGAUAUAUUAGAUCAUGCCCAAAGCAGCAACUCUACGCGUGUAACGGAUAAAGAUAUCAUAAUAAAAAAGGAUAAUUAUUUUAACAAAAAAGAGCAUGAAAACGUCAAAAUAAAAGGGGGACAUUUUCUUUGUGGUAUUACAAACAGUGUUAAUCAGUUUAAUUUUCCAAAAAACGAAUAUAAUAAUAGUAGCGAUAAUAAUAACGAGUUAUUUACCCAUAUGCAAAACAAAAGAUUCAAAGAAUCUUCAAAAAACGAUCAUAAUGAUAGCAGUAAUUCCUUUUAUUUAAAAAGUAUAGAAAAUAUAAAAAGCAAUGGAACAACCAAAUGUACAGAAAAUGAUUCGGAGGGUGAAAAGAGCGAAUCUUUUACUGACGGCCACGAUAUUAACAUAGGGAAAUUUUUUGAUAAGAGCAUAAAUAUAAUUACUCCGAAUAUUAGCUUUUCCAAAUCGUUAGGCGAAAAAAUUAAUCGAAUAAAUACAAAUUAUAACAAUAAUGAAAUGCCAAAUCUUAUAAGCUCAUACGGUUUAAUAAAAUCGCUAAGUAUUAAAAAUAAUUUUAUUUUUGAAGAUAAUAAUAAUGAUAAAAAUUUGGUGAAUUGCUUAGAGAAAAAUUCUAAGAUGUAUAAUAAGCUUAGUUUAUCACAAAAGAACAGCAAAGACACAAAUUUCACAUUAUCCAAUAAAAAUGAAUAUUUAAUAAAAUCUAUUAAUUUAGAGAGAAGUAUUAGGAAUACUACGUAUUUGGAAUUUUAUAAUAACAAUAACAACAAAUUUUCAACUGAUUCAAAAAUAUAUUCAUCAGGAGCCUUAAAAAAUGAAUAUCUUAAUAUAAGUAAUAUGCUACAGAAUAGAGAAGAAAUAAAUAAAGACACAUUCCGUAUGAAUAUUUAUGAAUCAAAUAACAUGAAUAAAAAGGAAAAUACUUCUAAAUUAAAUAAUUCGUAUACACAUAUUAUGAAUAAUCUUUGCAAUAGUAAAGCCAAAUUAAGACAGGAAUAUAACAAAAAUAAUAAAAACAAGAUAGACGCAAUAAACAAAGAAAUUUUAGAUAAAAUCAAGAAAUUACGAAAUAUUUCUACAAAAAAAAAAAAAAAAAAACCUCAAAAAGUUACAUCGAAAAUAUCGUCACGCAGAUAUAAUGAAAAUGAUACCCAACAAAAUGGUAUAUUGGAUGAUCAGUUAAAUUAUGAAGGCAAACUAAAUAAUAUAUCAGAGGUAUACCAACCUAGAAAAAAAAAAAAUAAUGAUAAUAAUAAUCGCAUAAAACGCAUUAAGGAUAGGAUUGCUACUAAUUCCGACAUAUACAAUUCUAAAGCAAAAAAAGAAGGCGGAUAUUUUGAUGAUCAUUCUAGAGAAAUGCUUAGCAUUAUUGAUUCAUAUAACUAUGUAAAGGAUAACCAACAGAAUGAGGAACAUAUCUACAAACGUUUAUAUAGCAAUAAUAUUAGAAGAAGAAAACACAGUAAUUCAAACACAAAAGAUGGCAACAUAACAUAUGAUAGAAAACAUGAAUUAGAAAAACGAAAAUACAAUAUUAUUGAGUAUAAAGAUAGUAAUGAAACGGAUGAUUAUAGCAUAUAUAGUGAUUGUUAUCCCCAAGACAUAUUGGAUAAGAGUAAGAUAUUUAAAAACACGAAAAAAAUUGAAUCAAAUAAAUUAGAGAAAUAUAGCGAAAGCAUAUUGGAAUAUUAUAAAAGUUAUAACCAAGAAAAUAUCGUCCCAUAUAAUGAAGAAAUAAAAAAUAGUUUAAAUGAGGAUGCGCUUUAUGAUGUUCAUAAGUACAAUCAAAUAAAUCAAUUAGAUAUUAAUGUUAAUAGUAAUUAUAAUACGGAUGUAAAAUCUAAUGCUAUCAAUUUAUGCUUAUCUACCAAAAAUAUAGUUACUGACGAAAUGAACAAAAUUAUUGAAAAGCUUAGAAAAUGGAAUAAAGAUCUGGAAAAUGAUAAUAAUUAUAUACAAUGCAUAUAUUGCAACAAAUAUUUAUUUAAAUUAAAAAAUUUUAAUAAAAAAAGUUUUAAUUUAGAAAAAAGUAAUAAUGUUAGCAAAAAUGAUUGUAUAUGUAUCAUUUGUAAGCAUAAAAUAAAAAUAUUAAAUAAAUACAACAAUAGCUUAACAUCAGAAAAUGCUUUAGAUAUAAAAAAGGAACAUGCCGAUGAUCUAUUAACUGAAAAUAAGAAUAAUGGAAAUAACAAAUUUGAAGGAAGUGUGUUAUAUUUAAACGACCCUAUAAUUGAAAAUAUAUCUUAUGAGAAUCACUUGAAAAAUGGUAAUUCAACUGAUUCUAAUUCUAACAAUGAGAAUGUUCACACUAUCUUCAAUAAUAUUGAUCAUUUGAAUGAUCUAAAAAAUGAAUAUUUACAUUAUGAUAAAUCUAAUUUUAAUAUUGAAUAUAAUAAUGAAAUUGACUCAUCUGAAAUUAUUGAUAAUCAAUUAUAUCAUGAUAAAAUUAUAAAGCCAUUUUUCAAUUUUAUAGCUUCUAAAGACAAUAAUGAUAACAAAGACAGCGGAAACGAUCGUGAAAGUAAAAAAUUUACGCAACCUAAUAAUAGCUCUCUUAAAAGUUCCUGCUUAAUUAAUAUUAAAAAAGAUGUGCAUAAUAGUGAAAUAUGCUCUAGUAGAGAUAACAAUAGUAGUGAAAAUUCAAUAAAUGAAAAUAAAACCGUAUAUAAAUUUUUUAGUCAUGAAAAUAUUAAAUAUGAGAGUAAUAGCAAUUUUAGUUUCAGAAUAAUGCAUAGCAAUUGCACAGAGUAUAUUAACCAAAGAAAACACAAAAAGUGUGUUCGAAACUUGCAUCUAAAAAAUAAUAAUGCGAACCGCAAUUAUAUAAAUGUAUGCACAUCAAGUAAAUCUGAGCAAAUGGAAAAUAAUAGUAAAAAUGAGCACCGCCAAAAUAAAGUUCAAAAAAAUCGAAAGCAACAUAAAAUAAUAAAAAAUGACAAACAAAAAAUACAAAGUGAUUAUUCUAAUGACAUGGACAGAUAUGAAAUUAUUGGUUACAUUAAUGAUUAUCGUGAUAAUUUUAUAAAAUCUUCAUGUCCCAAUUUUAACUAUUUUCAUAAUAAUACCCAUGAAAAUUGCGAUCAAACAUAUGAUAUAUUCAUCGGAAAUAAUUAUAAACGUUUUCAAAGCAAUGUAAGCAAUUUAAAUAUUAAAAAUACACUUUUAAAACAAAUAUUAUGUAAUAUUCCACAUUCAAAUUAUAAAAAAAAUGCUAGUCUUUUAAACAAAAAAAAUAAUUCUUUAAAUCAAUUAUUAGAAGAAGAAAGAAAACAUAGGAAGCAUUAUUCUAAUAACUCAAAUAUAAAUAAAAAUGCAUAUAAUUUAAAAUACAAGUAUUCAUAUACAUCCUUUAGUGAAAAAAACUAUCCUACAUAUUCUGAUGAUGAUAAUGACUCAAUGUUCGAUAAGAUAAAUAGCAACUUUAUAUAA